GUUUUGCCUUCUCCCCACGGGGCACUUGAGGGGCGUCUUAGCACGCAAGAAGACCAGGACGAGGCCAGGGGUAACGUCAGUCGUCCGAGUUCGUGCGCCUCCAGGCGCAUGAGACCUCCCACGAGACGGGUCUGUUUUGUCUCUCCCGUUUCUUUCUCCGUCCCGAGCUCCAUUGCCUGCGAUAUAAACAACGACUCUCAUCAGCACACCGAGGCGCACGAUGAGCAAGGAGAAGCUAUCCGUACACUACCUCGAGGACACUUCCCGCCUCGAAUCGGACAUCAAUGAAAAGGCCGAUGGAUCUUCCUCUCCAGAACCUAUCAAAGAUGGCGACAGUACCGCACCCUCGCCCUCAGCCGAGAUCACCAAGGUCGUCGCAACACAAGCCAACUCGCCCAUGGCAGAAGCCCUGCUCCUUGAGCCCACGCCCUUCCGCUCACGCGCCGUCGCGCGCCUGAUUGCAUGCCUCUUCGUCACGUACCUCUGUUCUGCGCAGAAUGGGUUUGAUUCGAAUACGUUCGGAGGGGUGUCGGCGAUGCCGGAUUUCAAGGCGCAGUUCGGGACGGACGUUGCGGCUACGAACGGAUUCUUGGCUGCGCUGUAUGUUAUUGGGAAUGUGAUCGGGAGCUUCGCAGCGGGGCCGUGCGCUGAUCGGUGGGGGAGAAAACCCGGGAUGUUCAUCGCUUCUGGGAUUGUACUCGUUGGCGCAAUAGUGCAGGCGAGCUCCCAGAAGACGCGGGAUUUGAUUGCGGGGCGCAUUGUGCUUGGUAUCGGGACCGUUAUGCUUGGCCCUUCGGCGCAAAGCUGGGCUAUACGCACGACAGAGAUGGCUCAUCCAUCCUAUCGGGGAAUUAUGGUGGGAGCUUACCAGGGGUGCUUCUUCCUCGGUACUAUUAUCUCAACGUGGGUCGAAUAUGGCCUCUCUUACCUUAGUGUCGAGAACUCCGUCAACUGGCGCUUCCCGUUCGCGCUUCAGGGUCUCCCGUCGAUCUUGGUCAUGACACUUGUCUGGCUUAUUCCGGAGUCGCCACGAUGGUAUGUCGCGCAGGGCAAGCCUGAGAAGGCGAGGGAGAUCCUUAUCAAGUACCAUGCGAACGGAAAUGAGGACAGCAAAGUCGUUGCACUCGAAAUGGAGGAGAUGGCGUCGUCAAUCUCGACGAGAGGAUCUGACAAGAAGUUCUGGGACUUUAGGGAGCUGUUCAACUCCCGCGCAGCGCGAUAUCGCACCUGGCUCGUUAUCUGCAUCGGCUUCUUCGGACAGUUGGACCUUCCUCCGACAUCGUACUACUUUCCCCUGAUGGUUCAAACAGCAGGCAUAACCUCGGAGCGCUCACAGCUCCUCUGCAAUGCCCUCCAGACACCCAUCAUGAUGAUAUCCACGCUCUCGGGCCUGCAUAUCAUUGAGCGCUAUGGCCGACGCAAGCUCCUCAUGUGGUCCAGCUGGUGGAUGUCCGUCUCUGUCGCGGUCAUCAUCGCAUGCACAGCGAAGCAAGCGGGAAACCCGACGGUCGGGUUGGUAGGGAUUGCGUUUAUAUAUGUGUUUUUGGUCGCGUUCGCGUUUGUGUGGACGCCUUUUCAAGCACUGUACCCGACCGAAGUGCUCCCGACCAACUCUCGUGCCAAGGGACUGGCCAUGCUCGGGCUAUGGCUUAACAUCGUCAACUUCAUCAACACCUAUGCAGCACCCGUCGGGAUCACGAACGUGUCGUGGCGCUUUUACUUCCUUUACCUUGCCGUCGACUUCACCGGCAUCAUCGUCAUCUACUUCACCUUCGUCGAAACACGCGGGAGGAGCCUCGAGGAGAUGGACCAGAUCUUCGAUGACCCACACCCCGUGCGUGCGAGUCUGGCGAUGCAGGAGGUCACGGUGAAGGAAUGGAAGUCCGGAGGAGUGAGUGUUGUACAAGCGGAAUCAUGA